AUGCGGGAAACCGGUGAGGCGCCAAAGUGGGAUGCCGCGGAGGAAGCGGACGCCUUGACGUGCGACCCCCCACGUGAUGGGUGUCGCAGCCCGAAAAAAGACGAGGACGGCGGUCGGGAGAAGCGCGCGGCCACCCCGGCGCCAGUGGAGGAACAUCGCCAAAGGUUUGCUGAUCCCGGGGCGCUCGGAUUCCUCACCUACGGCUUCACCACCGUCCUGUACAACCUGAGCAACUCGGGCCUGUGUCCGUUGAACACAACAACGGCAGGAAUGGUGAUUGCUUAUGGUGGCUUUACGCAAAUGCUUGCAGGAAUCAUGGACUUUUUUCGUGGCAACGCGUUUCCCUGCACUAUUGCCACAACCUUCGGUGCCUUUUGGAUUGCGACGGCGCUGGUGUGGCUUCUGCCGCGUAAGACCGCAGCGACACCCGAUGAGUACUUGGUGGAGGCGGAUGAGGCGUUUAUGGGUGCUUUUUUCUUUCUCUGGGCCGUUUUGACUAUUGUCGCAUUGGUGUCCUCGUUUCGCCAGCCGCUGGCAAUUUCCUUUGUUUUCUUCAUGACGCUUCUCUUUUUCACCCUUCAGUCAGCCGCAUUUUGGUCGAAGAGCAGCGUUAUGAAGCGGGUUGCCGGCUACGAGGGCAUCUGCUGCGGCCUUUCCGCCAUGUACUGUGGUCUAGCAAUGAUGUUAAACGAGGCCCACGGAAAGACGCUGCUGCCGAUGUUCCCCCACCGCCGUGGACGCAUCUACUGGUAG